AGUAGUGGGACCACUUAAGACUCAUGUUGCUUUUUGGUGAGCAUUUUUUUUGAUGACAUUGUGUGCGCUAGUGGGAAGUAUAUACAACAUUUAACGUUAAUGGCGAAUUUUCCUACAUUGGGUGCCCAACAAGAAACCAAUCGUAAAAUUCUUGAGGAUCUACAAUUAAAAAAACAACUUUUGCAGAAAGGCAAUAUCCCGGGACUAGGAGGUGGAAUUUCAACGAAUACUCUUUACCAGAUUCCUGCUAGUCAACUUCUGCAAUCGUCAGAUUUUUCUCAAAGUAGCGGUUUAGCAAACGCACCCCGUUCAGUGUUUAAUGCAACUACAUCGACAACAUUGGGAUUUUUUGUAUCGCAAGAUUCUUAUUACGGAAACACUUUCAUACCUGUAUUACCACGUCUCGAUCCUCCACCACCGAUGAACUAAACUAUGGCGUGCAUAAAGUUGAAAAAGUUGGAGGAGUAUUUGCAAUGUCUAGAUAAUUUUCAAAAACCGAAGAUAAAUCUGGAGCAGUACAACACUCCGCCGCACAUAGCUAGUUGUGUGCUCUACAACAUUCAGG